AUUGAUUAUAAUCAUGGUAGUGUAUUUGCUGGUUGUUGCUGGUGCAAACAACAAUUUUGUUGUGAAUCGCUCUUAUAAACUAAACUAAAAUAUUUACACUUUAUUUGGUGUUAUUUAUAAUUGGCAAGAUGAUUUUCAGAAUUUGAAAAAACUCGCUUUGUAUUAUAUGAAACGUUAGUUGUAAAAAAUGUCGGUAUUCUUUGUAAACGCUAAUCAAGAUAGUGAAGUUGAAGGUGAUUCCAAUGGAGAUUUACAAAUUGCAUCACCUGGUAGUUCCGAAGCUCAACAAGCUUUGGCACAGUUCUGGCCAAAAGUUACAGAAGAAAUUAAAAAAAUUACUACUAUGGACUUGAAAACACAGUCAUUACCAUUGGCUAGGAUAAAAAAAAUAAUGAAAUUAGAUGGUGAUGUAAAAAUGAUAAGUGCGGAAGCUCCCAUGUUAUUUUCUAAAGCUGCAGAAAUUUUUAUACAUGAAUUGACCCUGAGGGCAUGGGUCCAUACGGAAGAUAAUAAAAGACGAACACUUCAACGGAAUGAUAUAGCAAUGGCAAUAACUAAGUAUGAUCAGUUUGAUUUUCUCAUUGAUAUAGUGCCUAGAGAUGAAUUAAAACAGAGUAAAGCACAAACUGAAAAUACUGUACGUACUUCUAUCAACUCUGAUCAAGUACAUUACUAUUUCCAAUUGGCGCAGCAACAAGCGUCUGCUAAUCAAAGUGUACAAAAUAGUAAUACAACUACGCAACCUAUACAAAUUGUACAGCCUUCCACUGGACAGAUACAAACAAUUAAUAUUGGUAGUCCUGUAGAACAGGAAACUACUAGUGCAAGUACAACACAGACUGUAACAGUGCAGAGUCCACAACAGUCAUCAGGACAACAAAUUAUACAGUUGCAGCAGGCUCAACAAACACCCACUACACAAACUGGAGGGAUACAGAUUGUACAACAAAUUGUAACACCUAGUGGGGAAAUUCAACAAAUACCUAUACAAUUAACACCUCAACAACUUCAAAUGAUCCGUAUGCAAGUACAAGGAGGAAGCAAUCAGCCAAUCAUAAUUCAAACUGCUCCGAUACAAGCUCAACCUCAAUUAAUACAGGUUGCACAAGGUGCCCAAGCACCAGUCUUCUUACAAACAAGCGGAACUGACAAUGAGUAAAUGUUAAUUAAUUUUAAGGAAUAUUUAAUAUUUAGUACAAGAAUUUUAAAUUUAAAACAGGAUAAAACCGUAAAGAUAAGCUUGUAUGGUAAGGAAUAAAAUUUUUUUAAAUUA